CACAAACACGUCGUCCUUCCCCAGUCCAUUCAGCUUGGCCACGAACAAGACAACUGAGACGAUGGCCAGUGAGGUGGAGGCAAGCGUGCAGGCACUGCGCACCGCGGCAUCCGAGAAAGAGGCGUGGACCAUCUUGGACAAGCUGGGGCACCAUCUGCUGACCAAGACCAUGUGGAUGAUCAACGGGCGCCCACACGUCCUGCUGGAGGUGGAAGCGUACCUCAACUCAGCAAAGCACCCCGAUCCAUUCACGCACUCCAGCACAAACCAACAGCAUGGCGGCUGCUGGUACUUCCACAGCAAAGGGAAAUCCUUCAACGGCGGCACCUACAAAGGCCUUGACAUCUGCAUUGGGUUCAAGGAGGCGGAUAGCGGCGUGGCGUAUGGCGGGUUUCUGAUCCGCAGCAUUGCAGAGCUGCCAUCCGUGCCAACCAAAGCACCGCACUUGCCCUCCCUCAGCCCCAUCGAAGGGUCGUGCUGUGUUGUGGAUCACCUGCUCCGCUGCUUUGAUGCGCCGUCCAUCCAAGGCCUCAUCGACGCGCACUUUACAACCCGAGUGCCUCGACUUGAUGGCUCCUCUGCCACAAGCCCCGAAACAAACCUCACCCUCGUCCCCUUUGCCGACGGCGCACACCCAGACGUGCGCGUGUACACAACGCCGCGCGUGGGCCUGACGCUCAAGCGAGCGAGCGAUAAGACGCACUUUCACCGCUUCCUCUCCCGCCCAUAUCGGUACACGACGCACCCCACGAUUCGCAAGGGCCGGCUGCAGACUGUACUCGGGCUGUCAUAUGUGCACGCGCUGCCCGUAUCUCGUGUGGCGGCCCUCUCCGGCGUCAAGGAAGCAAAGGCGCGCGAAUACAUCAGCGCGUUCCGUUUUGGUCGGUCGAAGAAGCCAAGCAAGUUUUAUCGCACGCAGCUGCCAACGCAACAGCUGUGCUCUGCACUCGGCGCAUGCUUCGAUGCCGGCAUGGCAUGCCCUGAUGGUGAUGGUGCGAAGAACGUUGGUGAUGCAGAGAGUGACGACAGCACAAACAAUGGAAACCAAUGAUGAUGGCGAGGCAGUUGCUGCUCGCGAGACAUGGCAACGCAAGAGCAGCCACACGCAUGCACCACCCCUCUGAUGUGCCUUGUGUGCUCUCGCGCCGAUGCAUUGUGUUUUCGUGUUCGGUUGCUGGGACUUGCAUUUUUGCGGUUUGUUUCACUUAGAUGUGACUUGACUUGGUGGUAAGAGGGAGGGAGAGGGUUGUUGGAUCCGAUAGGCAACGUUAAAUGCAUUCG